AUGGGUAUCACUCGACGUGCAAAAGACAAAGCCGCCCGGGCUGAUCGCUCUGCCGGCGGGGCCGGCCAGGCCGCCGCGACCAAGCCCAAGAAGGCCACCUUCGACACGACGAAAAAGAAGGAGAUUGGCGUCUCCGACUUGACGCUACUGCGGACUGUGUCCAACGAGGCCAUCAACGAGAACUUGAAGAAGCGGUUCGAGGGCGCUGAAAUCUACACAUACAUUGGCCAUGUCUUGGUUUCCGUCAACCCCUUUCGAGACCUCGGCAUCUAUACCGAGCAGGUCCUCAACAGCUACCGGGGCAAAAACCGGCUCGAAGUGCCCCCGCAUGUUUUCGCCAUCGCCGAAUCCGCCUACUACAACAUGAAGGCCUACAAGGACAACCAGUGCGUCAUUAUCUCUGGCGAGUCUGGUGCCGGCAAGACCGAGGCCGCCAAGCGCAUCAUGCAGUACAUUGCCAACGUUUCGGGCGGCGAAACGGGCGAAAUCCAACAAAUCAAGGACAUGGUUCUGGCGACCAACCCUCUGCUCGAGUCCUUCGGUAAUGCGAAGACGCUACGGAACAAUAACUCGUCGCGCUUCGGGAAGUACUUGCAGAUCCACUUCAACGCCCAGGGCGAACCGGUCGGUGCCGACAUCACAAACUAUCUUCUCGAAAAGACCCGCGUCGUCGGUCAGAUCGCCAAUGAGCGCAAUUUCCACAUCUUUUACCAGUUUACCAAGGGAGCAUCGCAGCAUUACCGCGAGACGUUUGGCGUGCAAAAGCCGGAAACGUACCUUUACACCAGCAGGUCCAAGUGCUUCAAUGUGGACGGGAUCGACGACUUGGCCGAGUUCCAGGACACACUUAAUGCCAUGAAGGUUAUUGGCCUUUCGCAGGCAGAGCAGGACAACAUUUUCCGGAUGCUGGCCGCUAUCCUUUGGACAGGCAAUCUUGUGUUCCGCGAGGAUGAUAGCGGGUAUGCGGCUGUGUCGGACCAGUCGGUCGUGGACUUCCUGGCUUAUCUCCUCGAAGUUGAGCCAGCUCGUCUCGUCCACGCCAUUACAAUCCGUAUUCUUACGCCAAGAAACGGAGAGGUGAUCGAGUCCCCAGCCAACGUUGCUCAAGCGACGGCGACCCGGGACGCGCUGGCAAAGGCCAUCUACAACAACCUGUUCGACUGGAUUGUGGAACGGAUAAAUCAGUCCCUCAGGGCGCGGCAGGCUACGGCCAACACGAUCGGCAUUCUUGACAUUUACGGGUUUGAGAUCUUCGAGAAAAAUAGCUUUGAGCAGCUCUGCAUCAACUAUGUCAACGAGAAGCUGCAGCAAAUUUUCAUUCAGUUGACCUUGAAGGCGGAGCAGGAAGAGUAUGCUCGGGAGCAGAUCAAGUGGACUCCCAUCUCCUACUUCGACAACAAGAUUGUGUGCGACCUCAUUGAGUCCAUCAGGCCGCCGGGCAUCUUCUCCGCCAUGAAGGAUGCCACCAAGACGGCCCAUGCUGACCCUGCCGCUUGCGAUCGCACCUUUAUGCAAAGCAUCAACGGCAUGUCGAACCCUCAUUUGACCCCUCGGCAGGGUAGCUUCAUUGUCAAGCACUACGCCGGCGACGUCUCGUACACGGUGGAUGGCAUUACCGACAAGAACAAGGACCUGCUCCUGAAAGGUCUCCUCAACCUCUUCCAAGGCAGUCAGAACAAGUUCAUACACACUCUCUUCCCCAACCAGGUGGAUCAAGACAACCGGAAGCAACCUCCGUCGGCCGGCGACAGGAUCAGAGCAUCAGCCAACGCGCUCGUGGAUACGCUCAUGAAAUGCCAGCCUUCAUACAUCCGGACCAUCAAGCCCAACGAGAACAAGUCGCCGACCGAGUACAACGUUCCCAACGUCCUCCAUCAGAUCAAGUACUUGGGUCUCCAAGAGAACGUGCGCAUCCGGCGCGCUGGAUUUGCCUACCGCCAAUCAUUUGAAAAGUUUGUCGACCGGUUUUUCUUGCUCUCGCCGGCCACGUCGUACGCUGGCGAGUACACCUGGCAAGGGUCCUAUGAAGCGGCUGUCAAGCAGAUUCUGAAGGACACGAGCAUUCCCCAGGAGGAAUGGCAGCUCGGUGUUACCAAAGCUUUCAUCAAGUCGCCCGAGACGCUCUUCGCGCUUGAGCAUAUGCGAGAUCGGUACUGGCAUAACAUGGCAACGCGCAUUCAGCGCAUGUGGCGAGCGUACCUGGCCUACCGGGCAGAGGCUGCCACUCGCAUCCAGCGCUUCUGGAGGAAGAAACGAACCGGGGCAGAGUAUCUCGAGCUCCGGGAUGAAGGUCACAGAGUCCUAGGGGGCCGCAAAGAGCGCAGGAGGAUGAGCAUUCUGGGCUCAAGGCGGUUCCUCGGUGACUAUCUCGGCAUAAAUGCAAGCUCUGGACCCGGGGCGCAUGUGCGCAACGCCAUCCAACUUGGGAGCAACGAGAGAGUUGUAUUUUCUUGCCGAGGCGAGAUUCUGGAGGCAAAGUUUGGCCGGUCCAGCAAGCCCAGCCCUAGGAUCCUGAUUGUCACUAACAGCAAGUAUUAUAUUGUGGCACAGACUAUGGGUCAAAACCACCAGGUGCAGAUCGUGGUUGAGCGUUCUUUCCCGCUUGGGGCGAUAAAGUCCAUUGGAACAUCCACAGCCCGGGACGACUGGUUUUCGUUGGGUGUCGGCUCGCAGCAAGAGCCUGACCCCCUUCUCAACUGUGUGCUCAAAACCGAGAUGUUCACUCAAAUGAAGAGGGUGAUGCCUGGCGGUUUCAACUUGAAGAUUGCGGACACGAUUGAAUACGCCAAGAAGCCGGGCAAGAUGCAGAGUGUUAAGGUUCUGAAGGACUCGCCCACCCCGCAAGAUUUCUACAAGAGCGGCGUCGUCCACACCCAACCAGGAGAGUCGGCGAUCUCGGUGUCCAGGCCGACACCCAAGGGCAAGCCAGUCCCGCCUAGGCCAAUCACCCGAGGGAAACUGAUCAAGCCCGGCGGGCCAGGUGGGAGGCCGUCUCGGUUCCCUGUCAACCGUACACCGCAACCUCGGCCAUCAGCGGGCGCUUCUGGCGCGGCUAGUACAACGGUUUCUCCAAGGCCGGUGCCACAACCCCAGCCGGCGGCGGCGGCUGCGGUGGCAUCAUCCGUUAGCAUCCCGACGCACACCCGACAGCAGUCCAAUUCAUCGUCUGUGCGCGCCCCUCCUCCUCCACCGCCCCCUGCCGUCCCUACUGCAAAGCCCAAGAUUAUGGCCAAGGUUCUGUACGACUUUGUGGGCACAAGAGAAAACGAGCUGUCGAUUAAGAAGGGCCAAGUGAUCGAAAUCGAGCGGAAGGAAAACAACGGUAAGCUUGUCAUUGCGUGGCUUGACGUUAUUUAUCAUGCUGACCAUAUAUCUCAUCAGGGUGGUGGCUAG